GAGACAAGAGAAAGAAUGCAGCUAGAGCAAAUAUUAGAAGGGAUUAUUGUUGCUUUUCGAUCCGCCAUCUGCGCCUCACGUGGGGCCGCCACCAAAAUGCAGAUUUUCGUGAAAACCCUUACGGGAAAAACCAUCACCCUCGAGGUUGAACCCUCGGAUACGAUAGAAAAUUUGAAGGCCAAGAUCCAGGAUAAGGAAGGAAUUCCUCCUGAUCAGCAAAGACUGAUCUUUGCUGGCAAGCAACUGGAAGAUGGACGUACUUUGUCUGACUACAACAUUCAGAAGGAGUCUACUCUUCAUCUUGUGUUGAGACUUCGUGGUGGUGCUAAGAAAAGGAAGAAGAAGUCUUACACCACUCCCAAGAAGAAUAAGCACAAGAGAAAGAAGGUUAAGCUGGCUGUCCUGAAGUAUUACAAGGUGGAUGAGAAUGGCAAAAUUAGUCGCCUUCGUCGAGAAUGCCCUUCUGAUGAAUGUGGUGCUGGAGUGUUUAUGGCAAGCCACUUUGACAGACAUUAUUGUGGCAAAUGUUGUCUGACUUACUGCUUUAACAAACCAGAAGACAAAUAACCGACUUAAUAAAAGACAUGAACUAAAAAAAAAAAAAAAAAAAAAAGAAGGGAUUAUUGUUGAGAACAUCAGUUGAUCUGUGAUACCAAGGCAGAGAUUCAGUAAGCCUUUCAACUGCAGAGAAGGAACGACUAGAAAUCUACAGUGUGAUUGAAGGUAGAACAUCAUACUGAAACUUUGAACAUACGUAGGCCUGCCUGAAAAUCUGACCUUGGGUCCGACUUCUUAUAGCGCUAUUUCCUUGUAAACAUCCUGAGUUAAGAGAAAUAUGGAAUGUUAUAUGCCAGGAACUAGCUAUCUCUUAAAUUUACUAAGAAAACUUACCUGCGACAUCACACCUGGACUGAGUGAGAGAACUCUGAAUUGGCAUAAGGGCCCUACAUCUAUGAAAAUUGAAUAGUGUAAGAUUGGCAGGUAACCAGGGCACAUCUGUGGAUUGAGGUAAACCACAUGCAUCUCAACUGUCUCUGGCAAUAGUGAGUACUCUUCGUGUAUGUGGGGGAAUGAUUGUUUGGCCUCCUUAAGAGUUUUAAGAUACUGUGUGCUAAAUUCUAUCCUGUAUCCUUCUAUAAAUCUAACUGAGGGCUAGAUUAAAGCCUCUUGUAUCUGAUCCUAUGACCUCUGCCAGUGGUAGGAUUGGUCACACCUUGCAACACAGUAAAAUUGCUGAAAAUAGCUAAAAUACAAAGAGAGUGUAUUAGUCAGUUUUCAUGCCACUAAUAAAGACAUACCCAAGACUGGGCAGUUUACUAAAAAAAAAAGAGGUUUAUUGGACUCACAGUUGUGGCUGAAGAGGCCUCACAAUCGUGGCGGAAGGUAAAAGGCAUGUCUCAUAUGGCAGUAGACAAAUAGCUUGUGUUCCCUUUUUAAAACCAUCAGAUCUCAUGAGACUUACUCAAUAUCAUGAGAAUAGCACGGGAAAGACCUGCCCCCAUGAUUCAAGUACUUCCCACAGGGUCCCUCCCAAAACACAUGGGAAUUAAACAUGAGAUUUGAGUGGGGACACACCCAAACCAUAUCAUUUCACUCCUGGCCCCUCCCAAACCUCAUGUCCUCACAUUUUAAAACCUAUCAUGCCUUCUCAACAGUCACCAGAGUGUUAUUUCAGCUUUAACUCAAAAGUCCAAAGUCCAGCAGCUCAUCUUAGACAAAGCAAGUCCCUUCUCCCUAUGAGCCUGUAAGAUCAAAAGUAAGUUAGUUAAUUCCUAGAUACGAUGGGAAUGCAGGCAUUGGGUAAAUACACCCAUUCCAAAUGGGAGAAAUUGGCCUAAACAAAGGAGCUACAGGCCUCAUGAAAGUCCAGAAUCCAGUGGGGCAGUCAAAUUUUAAAGUUCCAAAAUGAUCUCCUUUGACUCCAUAUCUCACAUCCAGGUCAUGCUAAUGUAAUAAGUGGGUUCCCAUGGUCUUGGGCAGCUCCACCUCUGUGGCUCCCAGGGCACAGCCUCCCUCCUGGCUGCUUUCACAGGCUGGCAUUGAGUGUCUGUGACUUCCAGGUGAAUGGUGCAAGCUGUCAGUGGAUCUGUCAUUUUGGGAUCUGGUGGAUGAUGGCCCUCUUCUCACAGCUCCACUAGGUGGUGCCCCAGUAGGGACUCUGUGUGAGGGCUUCAACACCGUAUUUCCUUUCUGCACUACCCUAGCCGAAGUUAUCCAUGAGGGUCCCAUCCCUACAGCAAACUUCUGCCUGGAUAUCCAGGUGUUUCCGUACAUCCUCUGAAAUCUAGGCAGGGGUUUCCAAACUUCACUUCUUGACUUCUGUACACAUGCAGGCUCAACACCACAUGGAAGCUGCCAAGGCUUGAGGCUUGCACCCUCUGAAGCCAUGGCCUGAGUUCUAUUUUUUCCCCUUUUAGUCAUCACUCGAGUGGCUGGGACAUGGGACACCAAGUCCCUAGGCUACACACAGCAUUGGAACCCUAGACCCGGCCCAAGAAGCCACAUUUUUCUCCUAGGCCUUCGGGCCUACUAUGAGUGGGGAUGCUGUGAAGACCUCUGACACAACGCUGGAGACAUUUUACCCAUGGUCUUGGGGAUUAACAUUUGGCUCCUUGUUACUUAUGCAAAUUUCUGCAGCCAGCUUGACUUUCUCUCCAGAAAAUGGGAUUUUCUUCUCUGUCACAUUGUGAGACUGCACAUUUUUCAAACUUUUAUGCUGUGUUUCCAUUAUGAAACUGAAUGCCUUUAAUGGCACCCAGGUCACUCUUAACGUUUUUUCGCUUAUAAAUUUCUUCUACCAGAUAGCCUAAAUCAUCUCUCUCAAGGUCAGAGUUUCAGAAAUUUCUAGGGCAGGGGUAAAAUUCCACCAGUCUCUUUGCUAAAACAUAACAAGAGUCAUCUUUGCUCCAGUUCCCAACAAAUUCCUUAUCUCCAUCUGAGACCAUCUCAGCUUGGAUUUCAUUGUCUAUAUCGUUAUCAGCAUUUUGGUCAAAGCCAUUGAACAAGGCUUUAGGGAGUUCCAAACUUUCCCACAUUUUCUUGUCUUCUUCUUAGCCCUCUAAACGGUUCCAAUCUCUCCAACCUCUGCCUGUUAACCAGUUCCAAAGUCACUUCCACAUUUUGAAGUAUCUUUUCAGCAGCCUCCCAUUUCUGGUACCAAUUUACUAUAUUAGUCCAUUUUCACACUGCUGAUAAAGGCAUACUUGAGACUGGAUAAUUUAUAAAAGAAAGCGAUUUAUUGGACUCACAGUUCCAAGUGGCUGGGGAGGGUUCCUAAUCAUGGCAGAAGGUGAAAGGCACGUCUCACAUGACAGCAGAAAAGAAAAGAAAGCUUGUUCAGAGAAUCUCCCCUUUUUAAAAUCAUCAAAUCUCAUGAGACACAUUCACUAUCACAAGAACAGUUUGGGAAAGACCUGCCCUCAUGAUUCAGUUACCUCCCACUGGGUCCUUGCCACAACAUACGGGAAUUUAAGAUGAGAUUUGGGUGAGGACACACCCAAACCAUAUCAGAGUAGUCUUUUUCAUUCCUUUAAACCAUCAAUUUCUUUUCCUUUUGGCAAAUAACUGUAUUUGUGGAGUACAAUAUGAUAUGUUCAUGUACAUUAUGAAAUGAUUAAAUCAAUCGCAUUGUGAGGCUGCAAAUUUUUUGAACUUUUGUGCCCCCUUUCCCUUAUGAAACUGAAUGCCUUUAGCAACACCCAGGUCACCUCUUGUAUACUUUGCUACUUAGAAAUUUCUUCUACCAAAUACCCUAAAUUCUCUCUCUCAAGGUCAUAGGAAUGAGCAUAUCUAUCUUCUCACAUACAGAUUCUUUUUUAGUGGGAACAUUUAAAAUCAUAUUCUCUUAACAAUAUUGAAAUAUCCAUUAUACUAUUAUUAACUACAGUUACUCUGCUAUGCGUCUCAAAAACUUUUUUUUUUUUGGUCUAAUUAGCUGAAAGUUUAGAGCCUUGGGCCAACAUUUUGGCAUCCUCCCACUCCCAUCCCCCGCCUCUGGCAACUACCAUUCUAUUCUCCAUUUCCCUUGAGUUCAACUUUUUAAGAUUCCUCAUAUAAAUGAGAUCAUGCAGUAUUUCUUUCUUUGUGUGGUUUAUUUUACUUAGCAUAAUGUCCUUCAGGUUCAUGUAAAGCUGAAUAGUAUUUCAUUAUUUAUAUACAGUUUAACCUUGAAUGACAUAUGGGGGAAAGGGGCACUGACCUUCCACACAGUUGAAAAUUUAGGUAUAAUUUGAUUCUCUGACCCAAAAGCUUAACUACUAAUAGCCAACUGUUGAUUGGAAAUCUUACCAAUAACAUAAAUUGAUUAACACACACUAUAUACUAUAUUUUUACAAUGAAAUAAACUAGAGAAAAGAAAAUAUUAAGAAAAUCACUAGAGAAAAUAUAUUUACUAUUCAUUCAAUGAAGUGAAUCAUAAAGAUCUUCAUCCUCAUUAUCUUCACAUUGAGUAGACUGAGAAGGAGAAGAAAUAGGUGGGUUGGUCUUUCUCUGGAGUGGCAGAAGAAGAAGAAAAUUUGCAUAUAAGUGGAUCCUCACAGUUCAAACCUGUGUUUUUCAAGAGUCAGCUGUAUACCACAUUUUUUUAUCCAUUCAUUUGUUGAUAGGCACUUAGGUUGAUAUCUUAUCUUUGCUAUUGUGAAUAAUGCAAUGAAUAAAGAUUGCACAUGUUUUUUCAGUGUCCUAACACAUUUUCUUAUCCAUUCAUUUGUUGAUAGGCACUUAGGUUGAUUUCUUAUCUUUGCUACUGUGAAUAAUGCAAUGAAUAAAGAGUGCACAUGUUUUUUCAGUGUCCUAAUUUCAACCCUUUUAAAAUUGAAGUGGGAUUCAAUGCCCAGAAGUGUGAUUGCUAGGUCAUAUUGCCAUUCUAUAUUUAGUUUUUUGAGGACCUCCAUGUUAUUUUCUAUAAGGGCUGUAUUCAUUUACAUUCCUACCAACAAUGUUACAGGGGUUCCCUUUUCUCCACAUUCUUGCCAAUGCUUGUUAUCUUUCAUCUUUUUUUUUAACAUGCCCUAUUUCACAGGUGUCAUUUUUCUUUUUGAUGAUAGAAAUUCUAGUAGGUAUGAGGUGAUAUCUCAUUGUGGUUUUAAUUCAAACUUCCCUGAUGAUUAAUCAUGUUGAACAAUUUUUCAUAUACCUGUUUAGUAUUCAUAUGUCUUUAUUUGAGAAGUGUUUAUGCAGGUCUUUGCUUAUUUUUUAAGUGGUUUGUUUUCUUGUUGUUUUGGUGUUGCAUUGUUUAUAUAUUUUGGUUAACACACUAACUGAUGUAUAAUUUGUGAAUAUUUUCUCCCAGUUGAUAUGUUGUCUCUUCUCUCUGUUGUUUCUUUUGUUGUGCAGAAGCUUUAUAUUGAUGGUUUGAUGCAUUCAUGCUUGCCUAUUUUUGCUUUUUGGGGGUUGUAGCGAAAACAUUUUCCAGAGCAUUAUCAUGGAGCUUUUAUGUUUUCUGAUAGUUUUAUAGUUUUGAGUCUUAUGUUUAAGUUUCUAAUCAUUUUGAGUUGAUUGUUGUAUAUAGUGUGAGAUAAAGACGCAACUUCAUUCUUCUGCAUGUGAAUAUCCAGUUUUCCCAACACCAUUUAUUGAAGAGACUGUCUCUUCCCGCAGAGAGAUUCCUUUUUUUUCCUUCCCUGCCCCAGGACAUAGGCAUAGGCAAGGGCUUCAUGACUAAAACACCAAGAGCAAUAGCUGCAAAAGCCAAAAUAGUCAAAUGGAUCUAAUUAAACUCCAGAGCUUCUGCACAACAAAAGAAACAAUCAUUAGAGUGAACCGGCAACCAGUGGAAUGGAAAAAAAUAUUCUCAAGCUACCCAUCUGACAAAGGGCUAAUAUCCUGAGUCUACAAAUAACUAAAGCAGAUUUACAAGAAAAAAACAACCCCAUCAAAAAAUGGGCGAAGGAUGUGAACACUUUUCGAAAGAAGACAUUUAUGCGGCAAAAAAAAAAACAUGAAGAAUGCUCAUCAUCACUGGUCGUUAGAGAAAUGCAAAUCAAAACUACAUUGAGAUAUACCAUCUCAUGCCAGUUAGAAUAGCGAUCAUUUAAAAAUCUGGAGACAACAGAUGCUGGGGAGCAUGUGCAGAAAUAGGAACACUUUUACACUGUUGGUGGGACUGUAAAUUAGUUCAACCAUUGUGGAAGACAGUGUGGCAAUUCCUCAAGGGUCUAGAACUAGAAAUACCAUUUGACCCAGCAAUCCCAUUACUGGGUAUAUACCCAAAGGAUUAUAAAUUGUUCUAUUAUAAAGACACAUGCACACAUGUUCACUGCGACACUGUUUACAAUAGCAUAGACCUAGAAUCAACCCAAAUGCCCAUCAGUGAUAAACUGGAUAAAGAAAACAUGGCACAUAUACACCAUGGACUACUAUGCAUCCAUAAAACAGGAAGAAUUUAUGUCCUUUGCAGGACAUGGACAUGGCUGAAUCUGGAAACCAUCAUUCUCAGCAAACUGACACAAGCACAGAAAACCAAACACCGCAUGUUCUCACUCAUAAGUGGGUGUUGAACAAUGAGAACACAUGGACACAGGGAGGGGAACAUCACACACUGUUAUCUGUUGGAGGUUGGGGGACUAUGGGAGAGAUAGCUGGGGUGUAGAGGUUAUAACAUUGGGAGAAAUGCCUGAUGUAGGUGAUGGAGGGGGGAUGGAGACAGCAAACCACCAUGGCAUGUGUGUACCUAUUCAACAGUCCUGCAAGUCUGUACUUGUACCCCAGAACUUAAAGUGUAAUAAAAAAUAAAAAAGCAGACAGACAAUAUUGUCAGUUAGACUGACAGCCAACUUCUCAAUGAAAGAGUGGAAGCCAGCAGUGAAAUCAGAUAUUUAGUGUGAGAAGGAAAACAUUUGGCAACUAAAGUUAUACAUCCAGUGAAAUUAUCUAGACAAUGGUAAAAUAAAUACAUUUUAAAACAAACCUGAAGAAUUUUCAGUCAGCAAACUGACACUAAAGAAAACCUUAAAGGAUAUGCUGAAGGCGGAAAGAAAAAGAUUUCAGAUGAAAGUCAUAUCUUUUUUAUUAACAGUGUUUUAUCUAGAGACUGGAGUUAGGUAGAGGAACUUAUAUAUGUUCCAUAUCUGUGGAUCUAUGACAUGACUCUUAUCUGAAACUAUUAGAAUGAAAUAUGAAGUGUUUUAAGUAUACAAAUGAAUAUAUUUGUUCCUAAGUGAUUUUGUUCCUAAGGGAAUAAUAAUACUGUAUUUUUGUUGGGGGUAGACCCUGAGUCCAUAGUAACUUCUGCUGAGGCUGCAGGCACCCUAUUGUUUUGUCCGCUCUGAACUAUAUCAUAGGUACCUAUCUAUUCACCAAUCCUAAGUGCAUAGCUAAUAGUAAAAGGCAGUACUUAUAAAGGACACUUCUUACUUCUUUAGCUCUUCAGAAAUAACACAAAAAAGUAUACUUUAUCCUCAGGAAAAAAAAAAAAAAAAAGCAGUGGUCAUUAGGGUAGACAUUUUCUGUUGUGGCUUGAGACAUCCAGAUUCAUACUAAAAGUUUCUGUAGCUCUAGGGUUGGGGGAGCUAGGGGUCAGGAUAACAGCUUUCCUAUUUUCCCUCUCUGAAACCAAGUGCAGCAGAACUUGACGUGGGAACCUAUCAACUAUGCUAUAAUACUUGGCUAUGUAGAGUUAUAACUAUCUUAGACAAGAAAACACCUUUGUUUUCAGUUAUAUCAUUAAAUUUUCUUCUAUUUUUAUUUCUAACAAAAAUAUUUGUUAUAUAAUGAAAUACUGUUCUCAAGCAUUUAACUAAAACUUUGUGUUCUUAAGCAGAUCUUUUGCUUACCUUAAUUUCUCCUGAUUCUUGGCCUUUAAAAGUACUUGCUGAAUGAAUUAAUAUACUAUCUUGUACUAUAUUUGUGUUCGUGUAACCUGCAAAUUCCUUGAAAAAAGACAUCCUAGUAUUUUCAGUUAGAGCAGAGGGAGGCUACCUAGGUCGAAAUUAUCAGAUUCCCCACUUACCAGCUGUGUGACCUUGCUGAAGAAGUUAUUUAACCAUACUGUGCUUCAGUGUCAUCUCUAUAAAGUGCUGAUAAUAGUAGCCACUUAUCUGCUAGGGUUGUUAUAAUGCUAAAAUGUGGUAAUGCAUGUAAAGCAUUUGGAACAGUUCCUGAUACACAGUAAGAGAGAUGCAUGUUUGCUAUUAGUAUAUUUUUAAUUGCCCCUAGAAUUACACACCAUGUUUGUGCAUAAUGCAGAAUUAAUAUAUAACUUUUGUAAUGAAUGAUAGAACCCUUCAAGCUUGGCCUUUAUCCUGUUUGUUGUAUAAUUAAUUAAAUGGUAAUUAAUUGGAACCAAAGAGAUGCUGAAGUAGAGAUGGGAGAUACUUCUAAUAUCUAAUAGGCUCACUUGAAACUAAAUGGUAAUAAUUACUAUUUAAGAAGCAGUUUUGCUGACAUGAACCAUUUAUAUGUACAUAUAUAAUUAUUUCAAAAUUACCAUUUUGCCCCUUGAGAUAUAAUCUCCAGCCUAUUUUGCCUAUUUUCAAAAGCAACAAAAAAUUUUAAAUGUAUGCAGCUACAAAGAAAUAGGCAUUUAUUAUUGGCUUAAUAUUUUUAUUAGAUUUAUAUUAUGUUCUUCUUUCCCUUCUCCAUCACAUUAUGACUAUUUCACAACUCAAGUCUUUUUUUUUUAACGUGUAUCUAUUUUUCAAAUUCAUGUAAGUUUUACUAUCUAAGAUAGGAAUCAUUCCCUUCCUAGCAACAUUCUUUUGGGGGUGUGUAAAGCAUCAGAUUUCAAUAAACUGGAAAAGUAAACCACAUUUGAGAAGCCAUGCAAUACUGUAUUCUAGUCUGCUUUCAUUAAGGUGCAAAAGAUGUCUAUAAUAAAAUUUAUGUAUAUGAAUGGUUCUCCAAACUGACUGAUAAUCAGAAAAUCCUGGGGCUCUUUCAAAAAUAAUUAACAAUUCUAUUUUUAGACCUAUAAAUAUAUAUAUUGAGGAAGGAAGAAGGAGGAUAUAGAUCUGUAUUUUGGAAAGUUCCCCAGGUCUCCUUGGGAAAUUAUAUGAACAAUCAUGUUUGGGAACAGAUGAAUCAUGUUGCCACUGGAAGAAGUUUGUUAUACAUUCUAACCAAGAAACCUAAAUGGUUCUUAAGCAUCUGCUAGCAGAAACAAUUAUGAUUAUGAUUACUUAAUGUCUGUUAGAUUCUGCUAAUCCAUCACCUAUCUCAGGAGGAAACAAAUCCAAAAAAGUAAGAUACUGUCUUUUUGAUUUGUGUUAAUUAAAAAAUGCUACUCCUAAAAAUAUACUAACUUCCUAUACUUAUAAAGUUAUUUCUUAUCCUAAAUUCCUCAAUGAAUGCUGGGAAUAUAACAUAGGACCUCCCUCCCUCCCUCCGUCCCUUCCUCCCUCCCUCCUUUCUUCCCGUCCUCUCUCCCUCCCUUCCUCUCUCCCUCCCUUCCUUCCAUGCUGUUUCUCUUCUUUUGUCUUUCCUUUCUUCUUUGCUCUGACUGGAUGGUUUAUAACACUUUAGGAAAUUUCUCUGACUGAAAGAGAGCCAGUCUGAAUGAACUUUUGUCUGUCUUGGAGUAGAAGGAAAGACGAUUCUGAGCAUGGACCCUAACUUCUAGACUCCCAUCUCCUCCUCAGUGCCCCACUCUUCUGUCCAGACUAGAGUGGGUGGGGAAGUAGAAAAGGAAGGAAAUAAAGUGGUGGAAAACUGAGGCAACCCUGUUAAUUUUUUUUCCCCUAAGUAAAUUAUAUGAAGUAUAAAUUUUCUUUAACCUUAAAUGCCCACUACUGUGUGGACAGCCUCUGGGAAAACAUUUGUAGCAUUAGAUACUUUAUGGUGAAUAUUAUAAUAAAAUUAGCAAAAUGUGAUUUAUGGGGGUCUGCUAGUUGAUGUUUUAAAUUUUUCAUCAUUGUUAUUUUUAUAUUUCUGUAAUAGAGUUUUACCUAUAUUAGAAUGAUUAACUUUUCUUCCUCAUUAAAUCCUUUUUAAAAGAGUGUUUGUUCUGUAUAUGCCAAUCUUGAAGCAUAGAAUUGAUGCCAAUUUUUAAACCACUUACUGUUGUUGUUUUUGGUUCUGUCUUUUUUAUGGGAAGAAAAGAAAUAAUAUUAAUUUGAGAGUGUAUUCUGAAUUAUGCCAUUAACCUAACAAUAAUUUUUAUUAUUAUCUCACCAUGCUAAAAAGUGUCCAGAAUAUUUUGAGAUUGGAAGAGAUUUGAAUUUGGUUUCUAAUGUUUAUCUUUUGGUAAUCCCUACCAAAUUUUCAUAAUAGCAGUGGAAAGAAGGAAAAUGAAUAUUGGAUAUAAUUUCCUUUACUUAAAAGCUUUGGAUGAAUACUAUUUGAAUUGGUUUAGUAUGCCGAAGUGUAUGUAAUGGAAAAACAUAAUUAUUUUCUAAUUGAAUAAAAUAUAUUUAACAAAUACUGAAAGCAGAAUUAACUCAGCAAAAAUAUGCAUUUUUUGCUUAGAAAAUGGAUGGCAUUUGCUUAAGAAAAAUUUUUUUUACUAAUUUAAAAAUAUCCUAUCUGGGGAAAAGAAACAUACUCUUCACAUUUUACUUCUACAGUCUCAUAUGUAACCACUAUUGUUCUCAUGACACUCUCCUAUGUUGAUGUGAUCUCUAUAGGGUUUGUGCCUUUUUAAUCUUUUAUUCUAUCAUUUCUUAAAUUCUGUUUUAUUCAGCACUUUCCCAAAUAAAGCUAUCAGGAUUGACAUCAGCUAUUCCCAGGAAAAUAAAAGGUUAUUACUGCUGAACAUUGGAAUAAUCUGAUUAUGUAGAUUGAAGAAAAGCCAGUCUAUUAUAAUUGCUGUAAAGAAGCCAUUUAACUUUGUGCCUCUUUGCAUUAGUCUUUUUUUAACUGCAGAGAAGCAGAUUAGUGGGAUGAAAAUAUAGAUUCUUUUUUUGAAUUGUGAUAGGCAACUAAAAGAUGAAUAUGAGAGCAGAAAAUGAAUUAAAUCUUUUGGUUUAAAUGAUAAAGUGUUUACACAUUGUAGAGAAUUAAAUAAGCAGUUGUUCUUUCUUUUAUUUAUCUUUAGGAUCUUUGGUUCUGUAAUAAAAGUAGAAAGCUUUAGGGAAUAUAUUGUAUAGAAAGUAAAUCCAACUUCAAGAUUCAGUUCCUUUUUGAUGAUUUAUUGUUUUAAAUCCUAAAUAUCUGAAGCAGUGACUCCAUGACUCACCAAGCAUAUCUUUGUGAGCUGAUUACCAGAGAUUUGGAGAAAAAAAUAGUAGCAGUUGGUUUUGCUUUUAGUGUUUUUUAUUUCUCGCUACAUUCCAAAAUGUUUUGUUUUAGAAGAUACAAUAAUUCUUAUUUUAUGUUAUUUUUUUAAUUGCUAAGAAGACUUUUAAUUGCUAAGAAGACUCAAAAAAGUCCUCAUGGAACUUUUACUGGUAGUGUUACCACCUGAUAAAUAGGAAGUAAAAUGUAUUAUUUUAUUACGGACUGUCUAAAUAUCUUUGUCAGAUUCAAAUAUGCAACUGAAUGUAUAUAAUUUUUUUUGUAGCAGCCAAGAAUAAUUUAAGUUACACAACUAAUACUGAUAUGCCUUUAUCAUUUUUUUGCUAACCAACCAAAUCUGUAUUCACAUGAUCAUCCUUAAUGUUUGUACUAAUAGAGGACUACAGUGGUGCAAAUUGAACGAAAAUGUCGACUAAUACGAAUGAAUAAAUGAGGCCCAGCACAGUGGCUCAUGCCUAUAAUUCUAGCACUUUGGGAAAUUGAGGUGGGAGGAUCACUUGAGCCCAGUAGUUUGAGACCAGCAUGGCCAACGUAGUGAAACCCUGUCUCUAUUAAAAAUACAAAAAUUCGGCAGGCAUGGUGGCACACACCUGUAAUUCCAGCUACUUAAGAGGCUGACACAGGAAUUACUUGAACCGAGGAUGGCACCACCACAUUCCAGCCUGGGCAACAAAGCAAGACUUCGUCUCAAAAAAAAAUGCAUAAUUGAUAAAGAGACUUAUAAGAGUAUUUGCAUUUUAAAAUAGUUUUAUAUUCUGCACAGAAUAAAAUAGUCAUACCUUUCCCAGUUAAUAAAUUAGCCUUGCAGCUUCAGAGUUCAGUAAGAAUCCCUGUUUAUUACUAGUAUUGUUAUUUCCUCAAAGUUUUUUGUCUUGUAAAGAAUUUAGAUCUUCUAAUUCUACAUCUUUAUAUUUUACUGGAUUUUUAAAAUCUGACAACUGAUUUUCCCUUUACUAAUAGAAAGCAUGAAAUGUCAUUGAUAGCAAAACAAAGUAUAAGAUCCCUUAUGGAGAUCCCACUGGUCUUACUGGUAGGGAAAGCCCAAUUAUCAUAUAGACUUUACAUUCUCCAUCAGAGUAUCUACUAUGUUAAAACAGGUUCCCAGUCAUUCUAGAAUAGAGAAAAACAAUUAUUUUAUCCAGUGCAUGAUUGUCCUUUAUACAUUAAAUUUAUGCUUUUACAUACUUCUGUUUUCUUUUUAUUUUGUCUGUCCAAAUCAUUAUUUUAGAAAUACAGAGAAAAGGGUUGGCCAGGUACGGUGGCUCACACCUGUAAUCCCAGCACUUUGGGAGGUUGAGGUGGGUGGAUCACUUGAGGCUAGGAUUUUAAGACCAGCCUAAUCAACAUGGCAAUGCCUGUCCCUACAAAAAAUACAAAAAGUAGACUGGCGUAUUGGCUUUUGCUUGUAAUCAUAGCUACUUAGGAGGCUGAGACAUGAGGAUCACUUGAGCCCGGGAGGCAGAGGUUGCAGUGAGCCAAGAUCAUGCCACUGCAAUCCAGUCUGGGUGACAGAAUUGAAACUCUGUCUCAAAAAGAAGAAAAGGGUCAUUUUUCCAGGGUAAUAAUUUAGGGGUGGUUUUGGAUUCUGUCUUUUGGUUUUUUGUUAGUCUUUGUUUAAAUGUCAUAUUAACUCUAUACUCACCCAUCUAAUAGAACUAAUGGUGGUGGUAGUGGUGAAGGUUUUUUUGUGGGGAGGUGAUAUUAGUAAAUUGUUUAAAGGUAAAUUUUUUCUAUCAAAUGAAAGCUAUCAAAAACCUAGGUAAGUUACAAGUUUUUAUAUAGCCUGUAUAUUUUAGGUUUAGAGAUUUGCAUCAACCAAAGUUACUAAGAAUGAAACUGUUGGCUCUGAAUAUGUGUGAAUAAAUCCUUAGGAAAAGAUUUCCUACUUGCCCUUUAGGUGUCGUGUUUCUUACUAAGUGACAACUGUCAGUUACUUUUUAAAAAUAAGCACAAGAUUUUGGUUCUUUGCAUGAAUUGCAUUUGAAUUAUGCAAUUUUGGAGGAUUUUCUUUGUGGGAUUUUUUUUUUUAGAGAGGGUCUUGCUCUGUCACCGAAGCCAUAGUGUAGUGCAAUCAUGGUUCACUGCAGCCCUGACCACCCAGGCUCAAAUGAUCCUCCCAUCACAACCUCUUAAGUAGCUUGAACCAUAGGCAUGCGCCACCAUACCCAGUUGAUUUUUUUUUUUUUUUUGUAAAGAUGAGUCUUUCUAUACUGCCUAAGCUGUUCUCAAACUUCUGGACUCUCAGACUCCCACCUUGGCCUCCCACAGUGCUGAGAUUACAAGUGUGAGUUACCGUGACUGGCUCAGUUUCUUCUUAUUACAGUUAACUAAAUUAUACAAGUUGAAUAUCAGAGGAGUCAAAUCAGAAUAACCACAAACUUUCUUCUCAAAUAAAGUAAUGCUUGAUGAAGCAGAAACAUCUUUAGCAUUUAGACCCUCUAACUGUAGUUACAUCUUAUUCAGGAGACCCAAUGUCUUUUUUUUUAAUCCCUGCAUCAUCUGUGCUUCAGAGUAUUACAUUUUCCCCCAUUAAUAGAGAACUUUUAGAAAAUAAAUAAUAGAGAAAUAUGACCUGUAAUUCUACCUCCUGAACAGAAUUAUGGUGAAUGUUGAUGUGACAGAACAAGACUACAUCUCUUAAAACAUUAAAACUAAAUACAUAAAUAAAUAAUAAAUUUAAAAGAAUGUGAAGUAAAAUUUGUAUGUGAUAUAGGUAAAAAGUAACAAUAUGUUGAGCUAUUUAAUUAUACAUUUGCUGUUUUUAUUUUUUGUAUUUGCUGUUAAAAAUUCCUGUAGUAUACACCAUCAUAUUACCUAUUACUCUGCGUUACCACAUGAGUUUUUUGGUGUAGUAAUCUUGAUAACAUGGAGCCUUACAUGGAAAACUUAGCAAGUCAGUUGUUAGGAAAAUAGAGUGACUAUAUUUUGAGUAGGUCAUGGUAUACACACAUGGGUAUUUUUCAGUCAGAUUAUUUUUUCUGUUUUGCUUUAGUACAUGAGGUUCAGUUUUCAUCCUUGUCAAAAUAAAUGAGAAAACAAGUUUUACUGCAUUGUUUGUUAAUUAGAUACUUUUACCUCAUUAUGAAGGCUGUGUAUAAAAACAAAUUUCUUCAUCAUAAAUCUUUUAAAAUUUAGAAGCAUGUUUGUUAUGUAGACUCUUAAGUUAAUAACUGGCACUUUUUAAUUGUUUUCUCCUUCAUAUUCUGAAGUGAUUCAGAUGUAGUAUUUCAAAUAGUAAGAAUUUUUCUCAUUUAUUUCUAUAAAAUAUACCUGAAUUCUAACCUGAGACGUCCCAGAUUUUUCCCAUCAAAGAUAUCUCCUGAAUAAAAUAUUCCAACUGACAUGGAAUUCUAGGCAACAAGUUUUGUUUGUUUUCAGUAGAGUACAUGACAUAUUUAGUUGAAUGAAUGGAUUCCAAUUUGAAUAUGAGGUCCUAGGGGUAAGAGAUUACUUUAUUAAAUUGACUUGCUAGUUCUCUCUCCCCAUUCAAUUACAGUUUAAAAAGGGUAUGUAUUUUGGUUUGAUGUGUUAGAGUAACAAUCUUACCUUAUGAAAUAACAUGAUUCACUAGAAUAAGUCUGUACUGACAUUUUUAAGGAAAAUAGAAGUAUUUAUUUCCAUUCUUCCUCCUAGAUAUACAAGUGUUUAUGUAUACCUAUAGAUACAUAUAACUUCAAUUUUUGAAAACCAUAUGAAUUUCAUUUAUUGAAAGCAGUUGUCAGUGUCGCCAGAAUUCUUAAUUUCUUAACACAAUUUUAUUCCCUUGUCCUCCUGCAUUUCUUUCCCCUUUGAAAAUGUUUUAGAUAUUUUGGAGGUUCACAAUUAGGCAGAAAGAGUGACAGAUAACUGCUCUUCACUCUAGUUUCAUUUGUUAAGACUCCUUUUGAGAGAAAAAUUAACAUCAGCCGUGCAAGAGGAGCUUUUAAUGUUCCUUAGUUCAGCAUUUGAGAUGAAAUGUUAAUGAAGAAAGAGCAUGUAACAAACUUUGUGUUGUUUAUACAUUCCCUUGAUUAAUACCGCCAAUUUUCACUACUCCCAAUAAAGCACAUCCAGAAGAAAUAUAUUUAAGAUAUACUAGCCCUGUAAUUUUUAAUUUCAUCUAGUUUGUAAUUUUUUAUAGCUUUCCUUGAUAUUUUGUUUGACCUUUGGGUUAUUUAUUUGGCACAUAAUAAUUGUAUAUAUUUAUGUAGUACACAGGGCUAUUGCAGUACAAGUAAUGUAAGGUGAUCAGAUCAGAAUAAUUACCAUAUCCAUAUUUCUCAUCUCAGAAAGAAUAAAUAUUUAUUAUCUCUGUGUGUUGGAAACAUUCAAUAUUCUCCUUUUAGCUAUUUGAAAUGGUAUAUUAUUGUUAACUAUAGUCAUCCUACAGUACUAUACAACACUAGAACUUACUCCUCCUAUCUAGUUAUAAUUGUGCAUCUUUAAACAAAUCUCCCCAUCUCCUAGCCUUUGCAUUAUUUAGAAGUGUGUUGUUUAAUUUCCAAAUUUGAGGGUUCUUCAAGUAUCUGCAUUUUAAGUUUAAGGCUGGUUUCAUAGUUUCAAAUAUAUUCUAGCUUGGUAAACAUUUCAUGUGCACUUGACAAUAAUGUGAUUUUAUUAGUUAGAUUGCUCUAUAAAUGUGAGGUCAAGUUGGUUCAAGUGAUUUGCAAUUUUUCUAUUUCUGCCUAAUUUUCUCAACCAAAGUGGUGGUUUUGAAAUUUUCAGCCAUUAAUUGUUCAGUUAAUUAUUUCUCCUUAAAAAAACAUCAGUUUUUGUUUUUUUGGUGUAUGCUCUGUUGUUUGGUGUGCAUACAUUUAUAAUUGUUAUAGCUUCUUGAUAUGUAUUGACUCUUUUAUCGUUAUGAAAUGUCCCUAUUUGUCUCUGAUAAUGGUUUUGAUCAUAAAGUCUAUUUUGUCUAACAUUAACAUAGCCAUUCCAGCUUUCUUUUAGUUACUGUUUAUGUGGUAUAUUGUCUUCCUACCUUUUUUUAAAUUUCAACCUAUUUAUGUCUUUGAAUGUAAAGUAUGUGUCUUACAAGUGGAAUAGAGUUGAAUUUUUUUGUUUCUUCAUUCUGAUAAUUCCUGCCUUUUGAUUGGGGUGUUUAGACCAUUCCCAUUUGAUUUAAAUAAUGUCUUGUUUUGAUUUAUGGUGCCAUUUUGCUAUUUCUUUUCUGAGUGCCCUUUUUAUUUCUGCAGUGGUCUUUCACUACCUUGUGACUUUGUAAUGUCCCAUAUAAAUUUAUUAAUUUUGUUUUGUUUUUUUCCUUAUUAGUUGCUCUAGUUAUCACAAUUUGCAUCUUACUAAUCACAAUUUACAUUAGAUUAAUACUAAUGUAAUAUUUGGUAAAAUAUAGAAACUUUGGUUUAAUACCCCUACCUUCAAAAUUGCUGCCUAUUUGGUGCUAUUUUUGUCAUGUAUAUGACAUCUACUAAAAAUCCUUAGUGUUUUUCUCCCUACUUAUUUUGUCAUAAGCAGUGGGGGGGGAGAGAGAGAGAGAAAUAUAGAGGUUCUCAACUGUAAUUGUGUUUUCUCUUUUUUCUUUGGAAUGUAUCCAUUUUGCUUGAUGUAUUCAGUGCACUAUUGUGCAUAUAUUUCAGAUUGUUAUUCUUGAGGAAAAAAAAAACACCUUCAUUCUAAGGUAGUAUCCCCCUUUAUUCUUGAUAUUUCUUGUCCUGAAGUCUUACUUUCUCUGAAAUUAAUAUAGCUUCCAGCUUUCUUUUACUUAGCAUUUGCAUGAUAUGUUUUUCUCCAUGUUUUUACUUUUAAUCUGACUCUUUAUUUGUAAAAUAGGUUACUUAGAGAUCACAUAUUGCCUUGCUCUGCCACUUAACGUAUGUGCAAUUAUAUUUGUGUUAAAAUAUAUCUUCAUGCCUGUUCCAUAUUUUUUCAUUUAUUUCUUUUUUCUCUGCCUUUUUGCAGAUUUCAUAGGAUGUUCUUUAUGAUUUGUAUCACCUCUUUUGACUUAUUAUUUAUACCUUUCUUCACAAUUUCUCUGAGUGAUUGCCCUAUAGCUUACAGUAUGCCUUUUAAAGUAAUCUGAAUCUUUUUAAAGUAAUACUGUACUGCUUCAAGGGUAGUAUGAGAACCUUACAACAGUGUAUCCUGAAUUUCUUCAGACUAUCCUUUGUGCUAUUGUUGUUAUAUAUUUUACUUUUACAUAUGUUACAACAGACAAUAAAAUGUUCCUACUUUUGCACUAUUUAUCUUUUAGAGAAGUUAAAAAUAAGAGAGAUAAAUGAAUAUUAUUUUAUCUUUAGUGCUCUUCAUUUAUUUGUAUAAAUCCAAGAUCCUGACAUGCAUCACAUUCCUGAUAACUUCUCAUAACAUUUCUGUAGGGUAAUUUGCAGAUGGUGAAUACCCUUCAGUUUUUUUUGUCUGAGAAAGAUAUUUAUUAUUCCUUUUUGAAAGAUAUUUGUGCUAGGUCUUGAAUUCUGGAUUGACAGAUAUUUUCUUUUAGCACUUUAAGGAUGUUAUACCAUUGUCUUCUUGCUGACAUAGUUUCUUAAGAGAAGUCUGAUGUAAUUCUUAUCUUUGUUCCCCUGUAAAUAAUAUGUGUCCUUUUUUUCCUCUCUUUGUUAAAGAUGUUUUCUUUGAUUUUUCAGCAGUUUCUAUGUGAUAUGCUGAGAUGUUGGCUCAUCUUGCUUAGUAUUCUCUGAACUUCUUGAAUAUGGGUUUGGUCUCUACCAUUAACUUAGAGAAAUUCUCAGUUGUUAUGUUUUAAAAUACUACUUCUACCACCUUUUCUCUUCACUUGAAAUUCUAAUUAUUAUGGGCAUGUUAGCUCGUUUGAUACUGUUUCACAGCUCUCAGAUGCCCAUUUUGUUUUCUUUUUUCACUCCUUAGUUCUUUGUAUUUUAUUUUGAGUAAUUUCAGUUGUUCUACAUUCAGGUUCAUGUUUUUGUUUUUUGAGAAUGGAGUAUCACUCUGUUGCCCAGGCUGGAGUGCAGUGUCAUGAUUUCAGCUCACUGCAACCUUCACCUCCCAGGUUCAAGCAAUUUUGUCUUAGCCUCCCAAGUAGCUGGAACUAUAGGUACAUGACACCACACUCAUCUAAUUUUUGAAUUUUUAAUAGAGAUAGGGGUUCACCAUAUUGGUCAGGUUAGUCUUGAAAUCCUGACCUCAGGUGAUCCACCUACCUCGGCCUUCCAAAGUGCUGGGAUUACAGGCCUGAGCCACCAUACCCGGCCCAUGUAUUUCCUCAACUGUUUCAAGACUGUUGAUCAUACCGUCAAAAGCAUUUUUCACUUCUAUUACUGUGUUUGUUUAUUUCUAGGAUUUCUGUGUAAUUCUUUCUCAUAGUUAAAUCCCUUCACUGAAAUUACCUAUUUGACCUUUAACGUUUUCUACAUUUUCCGUCAGCCCCUUUAACCAUAUUAAUCAUCAUUAUUUUAUUUCAUAGAGUUUAACGUUUGAACUAAGAUUAUGUCAUACAGUUUUAACAUUUGAACUGAGUGUCGUACUUGACUCUGGUUUAAUGAUUGCUUUGUCUCCUCAGAUUCUAUGUUUCCCUGAAUGCCUGUAAUUUUUGGUUCAAAGCCAGGCAUGUUAUAUAGGACAGUAAAUACUGAGGUAAAUAUUUUUUACACGGGUGCAUUUUUUUUUUUCUGCCCGACCUUCAGUGUGGGAGUUGUAUUAAUUUAGUCAGGGUAAACGUGUUUUCACAGUAUGGUCUAUUGAUCAUCUGCUUUAGAAUUAUUAGUUACAUAGGAAAUGAAUUCAAAAUUUAAAUUUCUAAACCCUCAACUUGUAUAUUUAGAGGGUGAGGACCAAGAACCAUCUUUUGUUAUUGUUGUUGUUAUGGGUUACAUAAUUCUCUUUUGUUAAGUAGCCUAGAAUUGCAUGGGUGAAGCGAAGAUCCCAUCUCUGUCACAUCCAAUCUUGAAGCCACCUGUGGAAAUUUAGAAGUGCCAUAGUGUUCCCAGCUGGAAAGAAAAUGCCAAAGUGUUCCCAAUAGUCACUGCCACAGACCUAUUCUUCCUUUACAGGAAUGAUUAGGAACUGUCUCAUACCCUCCUGCGUGCCACAUCAGGAGGCUGUCCAUAGUUUGUUGGUCACUUUGGAAAUGCAGAGAACAAAUCCAAGGGAGACAGUAGAUAAUAGGCCAGGGUUCUCGUUGGUCUCCUCAGUGUCAAAAGCAAAGGCUAGAGUAUUCUGGUAGCACUUACGGUUAAUCAGAACAUUAAAGCUGGAUUCGAAGAUCUGCCUCCUGAAAGGUACUAUGUUCUGAUGUUUACAGCCAAAUUCCAUGAAACAUUGACUGAUAUAUUACAACGGCUACAACUCUGAAAUAGCUUAUUGGAAGAGAUGCAUAGGGCAAGGUAUUGGAGAGUGGCAGGUGGAGUACAUGGAAGAACAGGUCUGUGCCAGUGAUUGUUAAAAACACUUUGCAUUUUCUUCCCAGAUGGAUACCUUCCUAGUAUCUUAAAGUUUUCACCAACCUGGAGGCUCUGGAAUCUCCAUUUUUAACAAACUUUCUAUGGGAUUAAUAUAUAAUAAAGUGCUAUAAAAUAGCAGUUUUUGAGCUCUUUUCUGCUUGUAUAUUUUCUUAAGAAUUUUCUAAAUUAAUGAAUUUUGCAUGAUUCAUUAAAUUUUCAAGGAUCCAAAUGACCAAAAUAAGAACUUACUUUAAGACUCAAAAUAUAACAAAUGAGGUUAAUUUAAAUCAAGCACUGAGUUUUUAGAGAAUAUGUUCUGUACAAUAAAAAAAGUAGUUAUUACAAAAUACCUUUCCAACUUUGACAUAUUAACAUCCUAAUUCCCUUCUGGCUUUAAAAAUCUUUCUAAGUUAUUUAAGUCUAAAACCUCAGAAUCAUUAUUAUUGCAUCUCUUUAUAUUCUGUCUAAUUAUUUAUCAAAUAGCAGUUCUUUCUUUGAAGUAUCUUCUAUAUUUAUCUCUGUUUUCAUUCCUGCUUUUCAUCUCCUCAUUCCUCUUCCUUAUCUUCCCCUUCUCUUGAUUUACUUCUAACAGCUUUAUGUACCCUUCAGCCUUUAUGCGCUACCAAUUGUUCAUCUUUAUACAGAGAUACUCAAAUAUUGCUUGUUACCUUUAGUUGACCCAGGUCUUUCAGAACAGUUUCAAAUUCAGCAUUUGCAUGUACCUCUAUCUAGUAUAUUUUGGCCAACACUAAAAAUAACGGGAAAUUUUUAUAAAUAUAUUACCUGAACUUGUUAAUCUAUUUCACUUUCUAUAUCUUUAUCUAAUUUUAAAAUUAAAGAUAUUGAAUAAUCACAGAUGUGAUUUUAGACGUUAUUCCUAUAUCUACUUCUUAACCACUCUGUUCCCUCAUCUCAUGUGUUUGAACUUAGACUAUUAUAUCUAAACUGUUACAUUCAAGAUUUUCAGUAAUCUAGUAUAAUGCUAUUCAUCUAACUUUAUUUCUUUUUUCCCAACACAGUUCACUUACUUCAUUAAGAAAGUUUCUUCCUUGUCCCAUACUAUUCCCAUUCUGGCUUCUAAACUUGUGUUCAUGUUGUUAUUCAUAUAUCUGUAUUGCCUUGUCCUCUUAUUUCAGCUUAACUAAAUUCUCAUCAUUUUUUAGCUCAAUCCUACUUUUCUUUUCCUCUUUUAACCAUUUUAUCUCUUUGGUUUCUGGUUUCUCACAGCUAUUGAUGAACCUAUAGAAUGCAGUCUACCAACUACCAUUCAAAAAUUCAUCUUGAAUUGUUUGUUGUGUUUCAUUAGUGUUAUCCCGGUUACAUUUCUUGCUUCAACUUGGAGAGCAAAAAAAUACAAACACCAGCAGCUACCAGGGAAAAAGCUACUUAAUUCUCUGGGAAAGAGGAAUUAAAGAGAGUUAGAAUAAAAUUUAAGUCUGCUUAAUCUGGAGAUCCUACCUUAAUCAAUUUCAUAAGAUCAUAAAUAUACUGAAUAGAAUAUACUAGUAUUAUUACUACUAGUACACUGUGAUACUGAUAGUAAUGAUAUAAUACUAAUAGUAUUGACAUAACUGCCCUGUAACUGUAAAGAAAUUAAGCUUAUAUAGUAUUUUACUAAAAGUAGCUACCAUUUAUUUGGUGCCUAUAAUAGGCCAGUUACUUUUUGGUUACAUGCUGUAAAGGAGGUAAGAUUCUCACCUAUUGCUUGAUUCAUGACGAGACCUCUGUAAGUUUUACAUGACGUAGAAGUUUUACAUGACACAGAAGGCUUCAGAAAUGAAGACCCAAAGAAUGGGUAAACUUGUGUACUUGUGUAUUUUUAUGGUUAGGUUUAAUGAAGAGAUGAAUAGUCAUGGAGAAGUAUGAUUGGAGGACAAAGGGGUAUGAUCUAAUGGUAAUAAACUGGGGGCAACUUAGCAAGGUCUGUUUGUUCAGCUUCUUUAUGUCUGUCUCCAGAGGAAAGGACAGGUAAGGAUGAGGGUCUUAUGACCUGCUUCAGAGGAAAGUAAGAGAAUUCUUUAUUUAACCCACUUCAGAGGAAAAGUAUGGGAGAAGUUCUUCCUGGUUCUGGUGUUUUUUCAAAUACCAAGGUGUGUAUUUGGAGGUAGUGUGUUCUGAUCCCUAACAGUGCUCUACUGUGUUUUCCUUGAAUCUUCAUAAAGAUUCUACCUAAGAUUAUCUGCUUUAUAUUUGAAGAAGUGAGUCUCUAAAAAGAUUAAGCAGAACCAAAAUUCACAUCCAGGUUUUCAUGUCUUAAAUGUAUUGUUUUUUCCGUUAUCCCCAAAAUAGUACUGAAUUCUAGAAUCAGCUUUGUUAGAGUAGUCUGGGGGAAAUUUGCAAGUAGCUCUCUUAAAUAUGCACAGUUCUACUAUGCUCAGAGGAGCUCUUCUCAGUAUUAAUCAGCAAUUUAUUCGUUUUUCCCCAAUCAUACUUGUCACUGUAAGCACAUUGUUCUCAAACUUUAUUCAGAAGAUCAUCCAGAGUCCAGAGAUAUUAACUAUUAACAUGUGCUGCAAGUUGAAAGUGUUUGGAGAUAAUAUUUGAGUGCAGUGUGGCAAGGAUAAUCAAUCAGGUUGUUCAGGCCAGUUGGCAGAAGACUUUGAAAAGCAUUGAGAAUGUAAGGAAUGAUGAAUGUACGUGUUCUUGCGUAUCUAAAUCCUUCUUCCCUUGACAGCGUUUUCUUCCUAAGGAUCACUUUGACUUUGUAUGCUUAGUAUACCUUCUUAAUUGUUCUUUUUCUAUUAUCUGAAUCCCAAUUUUUUAUUUACCAUAUUUGAAUGCAUUAAAGUAUAUUUAAAUGAUUUUUAAUUGAUACAGUUAGGUCAUUGGAAUAUAAAAGACUGCUUAGCAAAAGUCUUCCUAAUAAUGAAGCACACCAAAAUGGAAGCUGCAGGAACCAACCAUGUGGACAAAUGAAAAAAUCUUUUGUCUACAGAUUGCAGCAAUCCUACAUAAACAUAUGGAGGUCUCUGUCUGGCUUAGGACAGCUGGCUAAGUCUGAUCGUUCCCCUCCAUACAACCUUUAAAACUGCCACUCUAAAUGUUGCUUUCCUUGCCAUUUUAUUCAGUAUCUCUGCUGGUUAUGGGUACUAGAUUAUUUUUUAAAUGGAUAACCAAGUAAUGUUACCUCUUUAUCCAUCUGAACUGGUUUUUGGGGGUAUCUUACAAGUUUUGAAAAUUGCUAUUAUUUGCUUAUUUAAGGAACCUACAACCAGGAAGUAGAAUGCAUGUAGAAAUAGUACUCUUCUCUUGCUGGGUGUGGUGGCUCACACCUGGUAAUCCCAGCACUUUGGAACGCCAGUUGAGGCAGGUGGAUCACUGAAUGUCAGGAGUUCAAGACGAGUCUGGCCAAGAUGGUGAAACCCCACCUCUACUAAAAACACAAAAAUUAGCCGAGCAUGGUGCAGAAUACCCAUAAUCCCAGCUACUUGACAGGCUGAGACAGGAGAAUGACAUGAACCUGGGAGGUGGAGAUUGCAAUGAGCUGAGAUCAUGCCACUGCAUUCUAGGCUGGGUGACGGAGUGAGACUCCAUCCCAGAAAAAAGAACAAAGAAACAUUCUUCUAAGGGGCCACAUUGGCUUAGCUAAUUCAGGGUUACCAGUAAAGGUCAUUCGAUAUGAAGGAGCUAAUCAGAGAUAGCUUCCAUGAAGUAUUUCUCAUUAAGACAGUGAUUUUUUCAAAAUCCAGUUUUUGUAAUCUUUUAAGGCUGUAAUCAAAGUUUAGAAAUAACCAUUUGCAGAGGAAAGCUGGCUGCUAAGUUUACCUUCUUAGUACUGAAUUUAAAAUCUUGAUUGUUCAUAGUUUGUGUUUUGCUGUUAGUUGUGGGGAGAGGUUACACCCACCUGUCUCCCCCUGCCUUCUGCAACUUAGCAGCCACAGCUAGAUUUAUUUAUUAUUUUAAAUUUUUUGAGAUGGACUCUCACUCUGUCACCCAGAUUGGAGUACAGUGGCGUGAUCUCAGCUCACUACAACCUCCGUCUUCUGAGUUCAAGCAAUUCUCCACCUCAGCCUCCUGCUGGAAUUAGAGCUGCCCACUGCCAUGCCUGGCUAACUUUUGUAUAUUCAGUAGCGACAGGGUUUCAGUGGCACAGGGGUUCAUGCCUGUAAUCUCAACAGUUUGGGAGGCUGAGGUAGGUGGAUCACCGGAGGUCAAGAGUUCAAGACCAGCCUGGGUUUAUUUAUAACGAGUUGUAUGAGGAUCCUUGUUUGUGGUAGUAAAAUCCCAUAUUUCUUACCCUGAACAGUUUUUGUGUUAGACAGUUGUCAAAUGAGUAGCUAUACUUUUCUAGGCCCUUUAGAAAUUUACUGUUUUUUUCAUUUUAAUGAGCAAUUUUAAGAUUUUCUAAGCAAGGACACUAGUGGAGAAGAAAGAGGAGAAUUUGGGAUUAACUGAUUUUGAAAGUGUUCCUUGUGAUGAAGAAAUUCCAGUUCCCCAUAUCUUAAAUUGGAAGUUUGUGUAUAGGGAGGUGGAUUGGGAGGAGAGUGGGAAUUUGGCCUGUCAAUGCCAUGUAUAUUAACUGUGGAACACUGUUUACCAUUUGGUUCUGUGUCCAAGCCUUUUUUUCUGAUGAUAUUACUUGAAAUCAUACUCACAGAGAGAUAUCUAAAAGACCAAAUUUUGCGUAUAACAAGGCUUUUAGGAACCUAAGUUUAUGAGAUUUGAAAUGUAAUGUAUAUUUAUAACGUAUGAGAACUGAGGCUCUCUUGUACUAGUAAAUGACCAUCCAAGACACCUUUCUCCGUCCUUCCAUUCUGCUAUAGUAAAUUCAAGAUAGGGCCCAGGCAUGUGAAAAGCUUACGGGGUCAAUAUGAUACAGAUCAGCAUUGGUGUAUUUCUCAAUCUUCACAAGUUGUUUCCUGGCUUUGCUGUUUCUUAGUUAUGUGUAUGAAUUUGGACAAGUUAUUAAGUCUAAGACUAUUUUUCUUUGUAAAUUGUGAAUAAAAAUAGUAUCAUCCUCAUUAGGUUGCUAUGCAGAUUAAGUGAAAUAAUCCAUAUAAAAUUCUUAACUAAGUCACUGACCUAUAGUGCUCAAUAAAUAAUUAUGUGGUAAUGA